CGCAUCUGAAACAUGAGGCCCAGGAAGAUUCUUAAAGUUCCAAGCCCUGAAAGAAUACGAUUCAGGGUUUUUGGAUCAGAGGAGAGUUCAGAUCUCACCUCCAAUAUCAGUAUAAAACUCUAGAGAGAGCUCGCUGCCCGGCCGCACAGGCGCGCGGGGGAGCGGGGGGCUUAAAAUCCGCCGCUGCUCGACCCGGACGCUCACUCACCCACCGCCAGCCAUGCACGUGAACGGCAAAGUGGCGCUGGUCACCGGCGCGGCGCAGGGCAUCGGCAGAGCCUUCGCUGAGGCCCUGCUGCACCAGGGCGCCAAGGUAGCGCUGGUGGACUGGAACCUUGAAGCAGGUGUCAAGUGUAAGGCGGCCCUGGAUGAGCAGUUCGAAUCUCAGAAGACUCUCUUCGUCCAGUGUGAUGUCGCUGACCAAGAACAGCUGAGAGAUACUUUUAGAAAAGUUGUUGAUCAUUUUGGAAGACUGGAUAUUUUGGUCAAUAAUGCCGGAGUGAAUAAUGAGAAAAACUGGGAAAAAACUCUGCAAAUUAAUUUGGUUUCUGUGAUUGGUGGAACCUAUCUUGGUUUGGAUUACAUGAGUAAGCAAAAUGGAGGUGAUGGUGGCAUCAUUAUCAAUAUGUCAUCUUUAGCAGGACUCAUGCCAGUUGCACAGCAGCCUGUGUACUGUGCGUCAAAGCAUGGCAUCAUUGGAUUCACGCGGUCAGCAGCGAUGGCUGCUAAUCUCAUGAACAGUGGUGUGAGACUGAAUGCUAUCUGUCCAGGCUUUGUCAACACACCCAUCCUGGAAUCCAUUGAAAAGGAAGAAAACAUGGGACAAUAUAUAGAAUACAAGGAUCAUAUUAAGGAAAUGAUGAAAUUCUAUGGAAUUUUAGACCCAUCAAUGAUUGCCAAUGGAUUGAUCACACUCAUUGAAGAUGAUGCCCUAAAUGGAGCUAUUAUGAAGAUCACAGCUUCUAAAGGAAUUCAUUUUCAAGACUAUGAUACAACUCCAUCUCUCACAAAAUCUCUGUGAACACCUUUGCACCAAUCAUAACAUAAGCACAAAUGACUUAAUAUUCAGACCAUUCCUUUACUUUAAUACAGCUUUUGAAAUGAAUUGUUACAAUCUGCAGCUUUCUUUCAUACAUCUGAUGUUAACGUUUUUCCUAAAUGACUAGUUAAAGAACUAAAUAAAAAUGUAUGAUGAUGUGCUAGUAAAACAUACAAUGCAAACCAAAACUAGGUUGUGACCUAUAUAGUCUAAGUGAUGAUUUAAACAAUGAAUAUUCAAGAAAUAUUCUGCUUUUCUGAAAAUGUAUUUAAAGCUGUGGUUCAUAAAUAUUAAUGUUUUUCAGAAAAUCAUCUUAAAGUAGAUACUUGAAUUGUUAUUUAAAUCAAAACAGAUGUACAAAUACUCACUUUAUUUCUAUAUUUGUACUUCAAAAGGGAAGAUACUUAACAAUGGCAGUUAUUUAGUAAUAACAUUUGUAUGCAUAUACAAUCUUUAAGCUAAAUAUGUCAACUCCUUGAAGAUGUGCAUAUUUGGAGGUCAGUAGUUAUGAAAUUAAUUCCAGUGUAACUAUAUUCCAAAUGAAAAUCCUGAUUAUGGAAAUAACAGAAUAUUGCUGAGACUGUUGGUUCCCUUUUCAGCCUCAAAACAAGGAAAAACAUUUGUUUCCUUUUUGCUUCUUAAUGUACAAAAUUUAAUUGACUCCAAAAAUCUCAGGAAUGAAACUUUUAACAGUUGUAGAUAAAAAGAAUUACUAAUACUCCUAAAACUUUAUAUGCAUUAUAUGCUUAUCAAGAAAUAAUGAAAAUGUAUUUUUCAGACUUCUUUGUUGUAUCAUUCUCAAAAGUACCCAUCUUUCAAUAAAACUCCUUUACUCUAAUUUCCAUUAGUCUUUGAUGUUUAGCUAUUGAGGUGAGGAAACAAUUUGCCAAAGUCAAAACUGUCUUUUGUACAUCUAUUGAAGUUCAUAACACAAAGCUAACAAUAACUUUGUUUUGCCCUUUUUUAUUUUUUAGAACAGAUUACUAAAUGAGCCUUUUUUGAAUACUUUUCUUUGCAAGCAGCAAUUAGUAUUAUAAUACCAGAAAAAGUACAAGGUUUCCAAAUCAAUCAUUUCCUCAAAAAAAAAUUGUAUAAGGAAUUCACUAUGCCUCUAAAAGUAAGCUCAUCACCGUGGAACAAUAUCCAACCAUGUGAAAUUGAUAAUUUCCAAGAGAUACUGGAGUAUUUGUAUACUUUGCAAUGUUUUAAGUCUUCUAUAGAGAACUGUUGACUUGAUUUUUAAGGAUAAAUUUUAAUAUGAAUGGCUGGAGUUUCACCCAAUCUAUUUGACAUGUACCAAAAAAGAAACACCAAUGAACAUCUGAUAGAGAUGAAUUAAAAUUGACAUGGACUUCAUUGACUAUUCUGACAGUGACCAACUAAUGAACAUUGUAGGUAUGUGCAGUAGGGCUUAGCUUACAUAUUCCCCCACCCCAUAAUAUAAAAUCAUAACUUAAACUUCUUAUUUAUGUAUAAGUUUUUGUACUGCAGAUAUUAAUGUAAAUUAUUAUUCAAAUUCAUUUUUCAGACCAA